AGCGCCGGCUCCGCGCCUCGCGCCCAGUCCGCGGGCCGCGCCGCCGCUCCCGCCGCUCCCGCAGCAGCCCCGCCGCCCGCCCGGAGCCCCGCGUCCCUAGGCCUGGCUCCCGCCUGCCCGAGACCCGCCCGGCCUGCCCCGCUCAGCCGCCAGAGAAGAUGCGGCUGCUCCCGGAAUGGUUCCUCUUGCUCUUUGGCCCGUGGCUCCUUAGGAAGGCCGUCAGUGCCCAGAUACCAGAGUCCGGAAGGCCGCAGUACCUGGGGCUGCGCCCCGCCGCGGCCGGAGCGGGUGCCCCCGGCCAGCAGCUCCCAGAGCCAAGGUCUUCGGACGGCCUAGGCGCGGGCCGCGCCUGGAGCUGGGCCUGGCCGACCAACCACACGGGGGCGCUGGCCCAGGCAGGGGCAGCCGGGGCGUUGCCCGCGCAGCGCACCAAGAGGAAGCCGUCCAUCAAGGCGGCGCGCGCCAAAAAGAUCUUCGGCUGGGGGGACUUCUACUUUCGGGUGCAUACCCUCAAGUUUUCGCUGCUGGUGACCGGCAAGAUCGUGGACCAUGUGAACGGUACCUUCAGUGUGUAUUUCCGCCACAACUCGUCCAGCCUGGGCAACCUCAGUGUCAGCAUCGUGCCGCCCUCCAAGCGUGUCGAGUUCGGAGGAGUCUGGCUUCCCGGGCCUGUCCCCCGCCCUCUGCAGUCUACGCUCGCCCUGGAGGGGGUGCUUCCUGGGCUGGGGCCCCCGCUGGGGAUGGCAGCAGCAGCGGCGGGGCCGGGGCUUGGGGGCUCCCUCGGGGGCGCACUGGCGGGUCCGCUUGGGGGCGCGUUGGGAGUGCCUGGGGCCAAAGAGUCACGCGCUUUCAAUUGCCACGUGGAGUAUGAGAAGACAAACCGCGCGCGCAAGCACCGACCGUGCCUGUACGACCCAUCGCAGGUGUGCUUCACCGAGCACACGCAGAGCCAGGCCGCCUGGCUCUGUGCCAAGCCCUUCAAAGUCAUCUGUAUCUUCGUCUCUUUCCUCAGCUUUGACUACAAACUGGUGCAGAAGGUGUGCCCAGACUAUAACUUCCAGAGUGAGCACCCCUACUUCGGAUAGCGCCCCUCCCCAGCCAGUCCUGAGCCUCCCGCCAAAUCCCAGCCUCACUAGGUGGGACCCCCUUCCCAGUGUUCUGCCGCUCCUGUGGCCAUGUCGCCCACUCCUUCCACUCUGGGGGCGGAGAGGAACGGCUUCUCGGGACCCUCAGCUAGCGUGGGUGCCCUUUUCCUUAUGCGGAGUGCCCGCAAGGCUGGGGUAGCCCCCUCCAGUACACCCCAAAGUGAAAGGGAUAAGAGUGCAGCCCCAGAAUAGGCGGGGCUUGGAGGCGGUCCCAAUGUCCCCUAGGUCCACAGUGGGUCCCCUUUUCACCCCUGGCGCUAGGCUGCGCACUCCCUUUCCCCGCAGCUUUAAUAACUCCUGGCCUGGCACCCUCACCCCACCCUGACUUUCCCAUCCCCCAGCGCUUGUCCUGCUCCACCCUACCCCGCCUAAGACUGUAAAGGCCUAAAAACCUCGGCCUGUCCUCCCACCAUUCUGCCUGCCAUAUGCCUGUCCCCUUUUCCUCCAAACCCUAUUAGGGUACCGGAAGCAGAAUCCCUGGGCUGAGGCGCUGGCCCUGCCCCCGGCCCCUGCCCCUGCCCGCCCCCUGCCCCUGCCCGCCCCGCUCCAGUCCAGGCAGUCCAGCUCCACCUGCCCUCUCCUGCUGCUUCCCUCGGUGAUAUUUUUUCUACGCCAAAACAGACGGGAAAGGGAACAAAAUAAAGUGAAAUCCAAUACA